CCAGCCCCGUUUUGGGCUGAGACAGUAGUCAUUAUUGCACAUGUAGAGCAAUACGGAUAGCUUUGCCGAGCCCAUGAAAACGAUAACCAGCAUCAAGAGUGCUGAGCUAGGAUGUUGCCAUCUACUUAUCUGUCUCUUAAUAGUCUCUUAAUAGCCGGCAGCUUUGCCCAUCACACACACCUAUGCCGAUCCGCCGAGUCAUGUCCCAUAAGGCUUCUAUUCUAUUUUUACAAAUAGUAUUGCAUACGCACGUCCUGGUAACCGUACUGGGCUAGCUCAAGUGAGCAAGACGGUACAGUCAGUACGGCUGCAUAGUGCCACUGGAAGGAGGUCAUAAUAAUACUCCAGCACGAGCUAAAAUCACACAAUAUUUUACGACACAAUUGAGGUGCAUCCUAUAAAUUGCAGUCACCAAUUUCGGCGUGGUUUUAACUCGGAUGGAGUCAAAGUGAUCACUGAGAGCAACCCGGACAUACAUAGCUAGCCGAAACAUGUCUGAAGAAAACCUUAAGGACAAAGAGCUGAUAUUUUCAUAUAACCUCACAGAGGGAAACUUUCUAGUGAGGAAAAGACGCUUCAAGGAAGCUAUUCAAAGCUAUUCAAGGGCCCUUCAAAUAACUAACGAUCACGAAGUAUGUUUAACAAUGAGAAGCAAAUGUUACCUUCUUCUCGGUGAACACGAUAAAGCUCUAGAGGAUUCUGAGGCUGCCCUUGCCAACAACCCGACGUCAAACUCGGGAAUCAUACAAAAGGCUGAGGCGUUGUACGCGCAGGGUGAAUUUGAGUACGCCUUGGUUUGUUUUCACCGGGGUAAAAGGCUUCGACCUGAUAUAGAAGAUUUUAUGCUGGGGAUUCAGAAGUCCGCUGAAGCCAUCGAGAAUUCCAUCGGGGAAAAGUCAGGUCUCCGAUUCUGCCGUGUGGGUAAAGUUUUGAAACAGCUUCAAGACAAACAAGAAAAGGAAGCUCAAGCGGCGACAUGGCGGGGUCAAAAGCGAAAGCAGACUCCCACCGAACAGGAUAAUGCCAAAAAGGACUACGGCUGCAAAACCUUGCUGGAAGAGCUAUCCCAAGAUAAGGCUUUUUUGCAACGACUGAUUCACCAUCCAGAACUCACAGGCACGUGCAAAGAUGACAUAGUCAAAGAGGCCACAGAAGUUUUAGAGUUCAUGCAAACUCGCCAAGAGUUCUGGGGCCAGCAGAAGCCGCUGUACGCACGCAAGAUACAAAAGAAAAUGGCUGAGGGCAAGACCACGUUCGAAGACGAAGACGAGCAGCUCAGGAAACGAAUCGAGGAGAAGAAGAACAAAAUUCAAUCUAAUCACGAGACCAUUACCCGGAAGCUGGUAGACAUCGACAGCGCCCUACAGCGUGGGUCCUAUGACGAGGCCAUCACCAUGUGCGUCUCGGCGGAGGAGGCCAUCAAGUCGUACAGCCUGACAUGGCUGCCGCGGCGGCAGGCCUACCUGGGUGUCGUGUACAGCGCGCUGGGCGACGCCCACCUCAAGCUUGGCCACUACCGCGAGGCGCUCCAGUGGCACAACAAGGACUUCGACCUGAGCAGGGACAACCCGCGUCUGCUCCACUCGCGGGCGCGCGCGCUGGACAACCUCGGCCGCACGCACGCCACCUUCCGCAAGUACCAGGCGGCCAUCGACGCCUGGGAGCAGCGCAUCCCGCUCUCCAAGAGCCCAGAGAAGCGCACCUGGCUCUACCACGAGAUCGGCACCUGCUACCACGAGCUGGGCCGCUACGAGACGGCGCGCUUCUACGGUACCAAGUGCGUGAAAGAGGCGCGCCGCUGCGAGCAGAACCAGUGGAUCAUGCGCGGACUCUGGCUGCUGGCCGAGGCCGAGACGCAGCUGGAGGUUGUGGAUGCGGCGCUCAAGCACUUCGACCAAGCUAUCCAGAUCGCCAGGAAGAGUGGCUCCAAGCAGGAGGCGAAGGACCUGGAACAGGCCUGCAAGCGGGCAACGGAUCUCCUGCAGGAGCGCGAGGCGGCCAAGAAGAAAGCCAAGGCCAUGUACAACACGGUGGGCGUCAUCUCGCAACCCAUAGCUGGCAACGUCACGUUCGAGGAUCAAGAGGGGACAGACAGCCCCGAGUCGACCGAGCCCAAGCCUGUCAAUCCCGACAUCGUGGUGUCGGUUGGCUCCGAGGACAGCGGCGACUCGACGCUCGACGUCACCGACAGCUUCGACGACACCGGCAGCUACGUCGACUGGACGGACGAGGACACGCUGCCGCCCGAGGAGUGCUCGCAGGACGAGCUGGCCGCCGCCAAGGUGGAGGAAGAGGAGGCGGUUGACGAGAACACCAGCUCGGAAGGUGAGGGCAGCGGCUCGGACGAGGACACCGCCACCGAGGACGAAGGCGAGGAGUCGGAGCUCGAGGAUGGCCAGAGGACGCCCACGGAGAGCGAGGCAGCCGGCGAGACCGAGUACGAGACAGCCGUGGCCGACUCGACGGCGGCCGAGGACGACGCUAGCACGGCCGCCGACGAGGACGAGAAGCUGGUGACUGCCGACGAGGGCGAGGACGCGCCGGCCGACGGCGCCGAAAAGACUGUGGUCGCCGAUAGCAAGGAGGGAGCGCCAGCCGCUGAAGGCGAGGAAGGUGCUCCGGCCGCCGAGGGUGAGGCAGGCGCGCCGGCUGUGGAGGGUGAGGAGGGCGCUCAGCCGGCCGCCGGGGCAGCGGAGGCGACCAAAGGUGAGGAGACGCAGGCGGCCGACGGAGCAGAGACCGUCCCGGUAGGCGACGCCGAGGAGGCGGCUCCGGCAGCUGACGCUAACGGCUCUAGCGCGGAUGCCGAGGUAGCAGCUGACGAGGGAGCAGCUAAGGAGGGGGCGGCCGAGGAAGCAGCAGUCGAGGAGGGAGCACCCGACGAGGGAGCAGCCGAGGAGAGAGCAGCCGACGAGGGAGCAGCCGAGGAGGGAGCAGCCGACGAGGGAGCUGUCGCCGAGGGAGCUGCCGACGAGGGAGCUGCCGACGAGGGAGUUGCCCAGGAGGGGACGGCCGAGGAGGGAGCAGCCGACGAAGGAGGAGCCCAGGAGGGAGCUGCCGCAGAUGGAGCUGCCGAGGAGGGGGCUGCCGCGGAUGCCAACGAGGAGACUGCCGGAACGGAGGUCGAAGGGGGGACCGCCGAGCCAGGGGCUGAGGAGGCGCCGGCCGAGCCGGCGGACGGAACCGACGCUGCCGAGCCGGCAGAGGGGAGCGGCGAGGCGGCACCGGAGGACCAGCCCGUCCCAGACAGUGACCCGCUGCCGUCGGAGGAACCGCAGUGAUGUCGUCCCGUGCUCUACGGCCAGCAAGGCGGACAACAUGCCGCUGUUAGGCCGUUGCGUUCAGUUUUGUGCCCGAAGUCCCUCGGUUUUGAAAUGAUUACUGAUCUAUUUUAUGGGUGUGGCCUAAUCGCCGCGCAUUGAGCUUCGUGAGCAUCCAGUACCAUGGGUCAUUGCGUACAACAAUGUUCAGGAACACAUUCAUUUUAGUAGUAAAGCGUUGGAACCGUAACAUAUUCAU